GUAAUUUGGAGUUUAUGUCGGAAGGUAGCGUUUUUAGAAAAUGUUUGACCCGAAUAAAGAGUGGAGCAUCUCCUUUGCAGGAUGCGGGUUUAUGGGAAUUUAUUACGUCGGGGUCAUCAGCUGUAUCCUCGAACGGUUUCCUCGCUUUAUUCGAGAUGCCUCGAAAAUCUACGGAGCCUCUGCAGGAGCCCUGAUGGCCGCCAUUAUCACCCUGGGAAUCCCCCUGGAUAAAUGCUGCACUGAUUUGAUGUACAUGGCCAAAGAGGCCAGGAAGCACAAACUGGGGCCCCUGCACCCGGCUUACAACCUACUGCAGCUGGUGCAGGAGUCGCUGCUGGAGAAACUCCCAGAGGACGCUCACCUCCGAGUGUCCAGGAAGCUCAGCUUGUCCCUGACCAGAGUCUCUGACGGGAGGAACCUGCUGGUGUCCCAGUUCGACAGCAGAGAGGAACUCAUUCAGGCCCUCAUAUGCAGCUGCUUUGUGCCGCUCUACUGUGGUGUCGUUCCGCCCACUUACCGCGGAGUGUAUUAUGUGGAUGGUGCCGUUAGCGACAAUCUGCCCCGCUGUCAGCUGGGAAGAACAAUCACCAUCUCUCCGUACGCUGGCGAGAGUGACCUCUGCCCCCGAGCAAACACGCUCACCUUCCACGAGGUGCGCUUCAACAACGUCAGCAUCCAGGUCAACUCGGAGAACCUGUACAGGGUCACCAGCACUUUCUUCCCCCCAGAGGCUGAGGCAAUGGCUGAAAUCUGCCAGAACGGCUACAUGGACGCUCUUCGCUUCCUGCAAGAAAACAACCUGAUCAGCAGCGAGUCUCCCCUGAGGAGUCUGCAGGCUGACACAAUGGAGUGUGUCUGCUGCGACCAGGCGAAGGACUCCCCCGGAGGUGGAGAGUCGGUAAAGAGAGAUCACCCGUGGCUCGAUCCGAAACUCAUACGGAACCUGCCAGCUGAACUUCAGAGGGUUUUAUGUAAAGCCUGCAGGGAGACGCACACUGCUGGGGGCUUGUUGACUCACAUGACUGAGUACCUGCCCAAGAAGGUGACGUCUUAUCUGCCCUUUGACUCCGCCCGCUCCAUGGCUCAGAGAGUGAGGGGCUGGAUUCCCGAUGUCCCCAGGGACAUGAGGUGGCUCUUCGGCAUGGAUGCGACAAAACAAACUUUGAAGGAAAAGUUGGAAUAUAAAACCAGGCGACCACGACUGUGCAGGUGCUCAAGCCUUCCGUCCAACCUGCACUUGUGGGACAGAGAAGAAAAAGUGAAUCUUUCCCCGGAGGGUCCAGAAGGGGCAGCCGGCGUGAAAUCCCCUCCAGCUGAGGGGAGAGGCUGGGGCUUAGACAGAGUGCUGGGUCUGCUCCGAAAUUUUGGAUCGGAGCAGACGUCAGACCCCAAAUAACCUGAAGGUGCAGAGUUUUGUCUCUGCAGCGUACUCACUCUUGUUUUGUUUUUUUUUUAUUUUGCACUUAAGUGGUAACGUGACUUUAUGAUACAUGAUGAUUUUGUCC